UGACUGAAGAAAAUCUGCAAAACGGAAUCACAAAAUAAACAAGAUUCCUCUUUAAGAAAUGGCUGUCAUUAAAAAUCAACAUCACUCCGAUUACUUUAUCAUUAUAAAUUAUUUUACUACAAACAUUUCAAUGUUGUCUGAUUCCCAUUUCUUAUCUUUGGUUGGUCAGGAGUGCACACCGCUGGACACAUGAAGCUUCAUACGACUUUAAUCCAACUUUUUAAUAACUUUAUGAUAAAUUGAUUCAUUUUUUAGGUUUUUCGAGCUCCAGGAGCUUCUCCACAGAUGACCAUCAGAGUUCUUCCUGCUUUCGUCCGUCUGGUUAGAGUUUGUUUGGGACAGUAAUGAGCAGCUGUUGGACCUGCGUGGUUCUUCCGGGCGGAUCCGUCUUUGGUUUGCAGUAAAGUCUGAGGUUCCUGAGUUCUCCUUCAGUCUGUACUCCGCUGUGUGUGGGUGCUCAGGUGUUUCCUCAGGUGUUUCCUCAGGUGUUUCCUCAGGUGUGCUGUCACAGCUGAACAUCCUGGUUCCUGCCUAGAUCCUCCUGUGAGUCUGGAUCUUAAAACUCGGAUCAGAUCCCUGACAGCUGCAGCUUUCUCUCUGCUGUGAACAUUCAUAACAUGUAUCGACUCGAAACUCUUGAGUUCUUCUGCUGAGACGUUCAGGUUCUCCUGUGAGUGUCGGAAUCCGCGCCUCCGCCGCAGAGCUCGGAUCCACUUCCUGGUUUGACAGCAACAGAUGAAGGCGGGGUUCGGCGCUCCCCCACAGCAGGAGGAGGUCCGGUCCAGCUCCAGUCCCGCCAGGAGGUCCCGCUCCGCCGCGAUGGCGGAGGCUGCAGCCGGCUGCGUGUUCGAGGACAUCCGCUACGAGGACAUCCAGGUGGAGGCGGCCGUGGGCAGAGGGACCUUCGGGGUGGUGUUCAAGGCGGUGUGGAAGGGGAAGGUGGUGGCCAUCAAGAGCAUCGAGAGCGACGCCGAGAGGAGCGCCUUCCUGGUGGAGCUCCGCCAGCUGUCGCGGGUCAACCAUCCCAACAUCGUCAAGCUGUACGGCUCCUGUGACAACCCGGUCUGUCUGGUCAUGGAGUUUGCAGAAUGUGGAUCUCUCUACAACUUCCUGCACGGCGCCGAGCCGCAGCCCCGAUACACAGCAGCGCACGCCAUGAGCUGGUGUCUGCAGUGCGCCGAGGGCGUGGCCUACCUUCACGCCAUGAAGCCCAAAGCCCUGAUUCACAGAGACCUCAAACCGCCAAACCUGCUGCUGGUGGCUCAGGGAACGGUCCUGAAGAUCUGUGACUUCGGGACGGCGUGCGACAUCCAGACCUACAUGACCAACAACAAGGGCAGCGCCGCCUGGAUGGCCCCGGAGGUGUUUGAAGGAAGUAACUACAGUGAGAAGUGUGACGUGUUCAGCUGGAGCAUCAUCCUGUGGGAGGUCAUGACCCGGAAGAAGCCCUUCGACGAGAUCGGAGGCUCCGCCUUCUGCAUCAUGUGGGCGGUGCACAGAGGGACACGCCCCCCUCUGAUCCGAGACCUUCCAGAACCCAUCGAGACCCUGAUGACCCGCUGCUGGGACAAGGAGCCCAGCCAGAGGCCCCCCAUGAGCGAGGUCCGGGACACCAUGAGCCGCCUGAUGAAGUACUUUCCAGGCUCUGACGAGCCCCUCAGCCUCCCCCGCCCCGCCCCGUCCAGCAGGGGGAGCUCCUCCGCCCCCAGCACCGGCUCCUUCACCGCCUGCAGCCUCAGCACCAACCGCAGCGACGACAUGGAGCUCCGAGACCCGCCCAGCAGGGAGGAGACCCUGAAGAGCGUGGACUCCAGAUUCCCGCUGCACUUCAAACCCUCGAAGACGUCCACGCUGCACGCAGGCCUGUCCAGGAUGCCCAGCACGGAAAGCCCCGCCCACUCCAGCAGCUCGGUCACCACCUCCGGCCAAUCAGAGCUGAGGAUGACCCUACACAGUCCUACAGUGUCUUCAUCCACCAACGGUGUGGACAUCCCCACGGCCUAUCACAGGCUGGACCACCAGCUACAGCCUCUGGCGCCGUGUCCGAACUCCCAGGAGUCGGUGGCCGUGUUCGAGCAGCACAUCCGGAUGGCGCACGAGUACCUGAGGGUGCAGGCGGAGAUCGCCGACCUGCUGCGCAAAAAGCAGGAGCUCAUGUGCGACCUGGAGGAGGAGCAGAAGGAGCAUCAGGUGACGUCCCGCCUCUUCCAGGAGCACAGCAAGCUGCUGGAGGACAACAGCAGCCUGACUGCGCGCUGCCAGAACCUGAGGAGCCAGCUGAGCCUGAUCCAGAGUCAGAACCAGCACCGCAGCUAGACCCGCUCUGGACGGGUCCAGAAGCGGUUGGCUGCUCCGUCUGCGGUCCAUGGAACCGGAACUACUGCAGAACAUCCUCAGCAGGUCCGUCAAAACCGAGUUCUUCCUCCAGAGUCCACGAGUUCUGCAGAAACCCGGAUCCCCUGGAAGGACCGACAAGGAGAUGCUGGCUUCAGAACCGAGCCCCUCGUGGUCCAUGUGGGCGAUUGUUUUCAUGACAGCAUCUAAAGCUGUGGCAGAACCUUCCCUCCGACCCGGACCUCAAUGAAAAGAACUGAAGAAAUGCCAGAACCCGGACCUCAGGAGUCUUUUUCGUUCUCUGUCCUCAGAUUAACCCUUACUGGCUCCUCAUCAUGUGACACGGCGGCUGCUCCUGCGUUCUGGACGCUUGGCUCCGCCCCCGUCCGGGUCUUCCAACCCCAUCUGGGUCCUCAGAGCCUGUUCGGGUCCUCAGAGCCCAUCCGGGUCUUCAGAGCCCAUCUGGGUCCUCAGAGCCUGUUCGGGUCCUCAGAGCCCGUUCGGGUCCUUAGAGCCUGCCCUGGUCCUCUCACCCCAAACGGGUCCUCCGGCUCUGUCUGGGUCCUCUGACUUUGUUCGGGUCCUCAGAGCCCAUUCGGAUCUUCAAAGGCUGUCUGGGUCCUCAGAACCUGUAAAGGUCUUUUGACCCCGAACGGGUCUUCAAAGCCCGUCUGGGUCCUCAGAACCCAUUUGAACCCCAGCUGGGUCCUCAGACCCCGUUCGGGUCCUCAGAGCCCCCCAGGAUCCUCUGACUGUACUUCACCUUCAUACAGCCAGAAUCUGGAUCCAGACCUGAACCGACGCCGAUGUUCUGAUGGGGAAACGGAUCUGGUCCGCCGACCGUUCCCCUGAUCAAGCGCGUUUGCAUCGGCAGGUCUCCAAUAACUGAAGUGACCGUGUUUUCCCGGGUCGUCGGUUCUGUUCCUGCAGGAGCGGAUGGAAGGGGGCGGGGCUUUUCACCACAGAAACACAAGGAGCCAAACGUGUAAAAAUACAUCAGAGCUUCUGGAUUAUGUGAAAUAAUCCGUUUGUUCUUCAGUCCAAACGGACCUUCACAGUCACGUGAGCCGAGUUACACUCCAGAACUGUUCCGAAGGCUUCGGCCCGGAGAAUCAGAACCUUCUGUUGCACCGGCCCGAACACCAUCUCACCUCAGAGGUGGUGAAUGAACACUUCUGUCUCCAGAAGAAACUGCUGUGCAGCAGCGUGCAGCCCGGGCUCGAACGCUGAAGCUUUUCUCAGAUGUGCAGGUUCAGUUUUAGAGCUGAAGGAUCAGGAGCGCCCCCUACAGACCGACACGGGACACGAAAACCAGGUGAGGAGCCUUCAGUCAGACUGUGGGUGGAGCCUGAGAUGACGCUGCGCUCUGAUUGGUCGGUUCUGACUCUUUCUGCUCCACAGUUUCUUCUUUUUAUGUAACAGGCAUUUGUAAUGAAGCCUAAUGUCUUUAAAAUAAAGAUUUUAUCAAACGGA